UCUCCCUGCGCAACAGCUCCUUGAAAGCGCGCAAAGCCUGCAUUCAUUUUGAUCAUGAAACUUUAACCCUUUUUCAAACGUUGACCUCCUCUAUUUAUUAAAAACAAAACAAUUUAUGGUCGUGCUUGCAUUUUGUUUUCUCUUUUAGAAGUGUGUCGGCGAUGGCUGUACCGAUGGUGAGUUUUCUCUGGCUCACCCUGCUGAUCACUGGACGGUGUGCUUUGGCUUUUUCGGUCGCCGGACAGCAUGACACGACAUGUGAGGCGAACGGCAGCGUGUACUAUGUGGGCGAAUGGUACUUUUUAGACUCGGAUCCUUGUACUCAGUGUGAGUGUACAGCAGAAGGACCCGCAUGCGCGAGGACGGAGUGCACAUCCCUGCCGGCCGCCUGCAUCCAUGUCAGCCAUUACCCGACAGACUGCUGCCCGAGAUGCGAGAAGAUCGGCUGUGAGCACGGCGGCGAGGUUUACGAGCUGGGCCAGCAGUUUCAGCCAUCGGCGUGUGAGCAGUGCACUUGUGACAGCGAUGGUAUCGUCAACUGUCUGGUAGCGGACUGUGCCCCUCCACCGUGUGUUAACCCAGUCUAUCAAAAAGGAAAAUGCUGUCCAGAGUGCACGGAUGGCCCCAACUGUUAUGUGGAUGCUUCAAGGACCAAGGUGAUCCCAGCAGGCGAGGCAGUGUGGGUUGACUCCUGUACCAAAUGUCGAUGUCACAACUGGCAGGAUGCGGGUUACUGGGAGGGCUACCUGCUGGCGACUUGUUCGCGUGUCCAAAACUGCUUCUAAAAAAGGGCUGAAGUCAGAAGAGAGGUCAGACAUAGGGACAUCUGCCAUCCCUAUUAAUAGAAUUUACCCAACAGAGACUAGCCUAUAAGUUUAGGACACAUAUUUGUCAAGAAUUUGUCUUACAGUACGUUAACUAACCACUUAACAUUGCAGUUGUUUAUGUAAAACAAGUUGGUAUAAUUUUUCUUUUCUAUAAUAAUUCUUUAUUUUUGGUGUAAUAGCACGAACAGCAGCACUUAUUUCAAAAUAGAAAUAACUACAUUCCUUGUCAUUCAACUUUUUAUACAAAAUACAAAAAUCGAAUGAAUUAUGAGUUGAGUUUUUGACUUGAGGGACAUUCCCAAAUUAUAAUGAGAAUAGAGUUUAGGUCUGAGACACCUUUCUGGCAUGGUUAAAAAUAGCACAGUGAGCACAUUUGCUUGUUUAUUUGUAUUUUAGCGGCUAUUGUAAAGUUGAUUUAUAACAAGCAUUAUCACUAAGCUUUUCAACUGCGGUUGUUAGGAUUAUCCGCUAAUCUUUGUUAUUAUUAUCUUUAAGUUUCUUUGAUGGUGUUUUUUUAUGAUUUCAACAUGUACAUUUAUAUACCGAUUCUGCUCCCAAAGCCUGGAAACCAAAGUAUCUUGACACUGUAUGACUUACAUUACUGUCAUGCAGGCAUGGAAACAGUUAAUGUAGCAAUAAAGCAACCAAUCAUAUAUGAAUUGUACUUUAUAUGAACAAAGCAGGCUCAUUCUUGCUUCAUCACUGUAUAGACGGUUACAGUAGUAUUGACUGAUGUGGUAAUGUAUUUUUUUUUGUUACAAAGACACAGAAUUUACACAAGUAUAAAUGAGUGAUCCAUGCAGCUUCUUUUAUCAUCCUAUGAACUAUAAAAUUGGAUAGUGUUUGUGUUGCUUUUUCUAGUUUAUUGCAACAUCUUUCAAGAAAAAAUAUUUUUGAAGGGAAAAUUAUAUUUGUAUACAAUGACAACAUGCAUAUACAGCUCCCCCUUGAGUAUGUCAAUUGGAGUAAAUUAUUUGAUAUCCAUUAUGCCUAUAUAAGCUGUUAGAAUAUUAACUAUGGUGAGCGGUUAUUAUUAAAAUUAAUAUUAACCCUA